AUGUAUGCAGAUGAUACCUCUGUGAUAUUAUCUUCAGAUAAUAUACAUAGUUUAAUGAAUGAAAUGAAUAUUGUAAUACAACAAUUUGCUGAUUGGUGCAAAAAUAAUCAUUUAAUUAUAAACGUGACUAAAACAACCUUUUUAGUUUUUAAAAAUAAAGUUAAUGAUGCAUCAGUUAUUACGUCAUCAAUAAAAUAUCCGAUUACGCAAGUAAGCGAAAUGAAAUCCUUAGGUAUAAUUUUGGAUGAAGGUAUGAAAUGGAAUCGACAUGUUGAUACAGUGUGUAAAAAGUUAGGCACGGCUUAUUUUUAUAUCAAAAAAUUAAAACAAACUCAUAACACUGAAGCUUUAUUGGCUGUGUAUUAUGCGUUUGUAUAUGCUGCCAUGCAGUAUUGUAAUAUUAAACUUGAAAAACAACCUACAACAGAACUCAUUAUUAAAGAUGAAAUAUUAGAAAAUAGCGGUGUUACAAUGGAAAAUGAACGAAUUGAAGAAGUUCAAGAAGAUAACUUUACAAUGGAACAUCGACCAAUUAAAAAUGAAGUUUUAGAAGACAGUGUUACAUUAAAAAAUGUACGAAUUAAAAAUGAAAAACUAGAUAGCAGUGAUAUGGAAUCUGAACAAAUUCAUGAAAAUUUGACGAUAAUCAACUAUGGAAAUAUUAUGCUUGAAAAACAACCUAAAACAGAAAUCAAAGUUGAAAAUGAAACAUCGGAUGAAAGUGAUUUAGAAACACAUCAAGGUCAAAAUAAAGAAAACGAAUUUUCAUAUGACUCUUCAAGUGAAAGUGAUGAACAGGAAGUUUCGUGUCCUAUUUGCAAUAAAAGCUUUAAUGAAAAUCGUACGGAUUUCUUUCAAUUAUUUAUCGUAAAAUCAUCAAAUUCACAUCUUUGCAAGAAAAUUCUAAGUUAUGUGGAUCCAAUCGAUUUAUCUGCAUUAGAUUGUGUGUGUAAAUGUUCGAGUCAACUAAUACGUAAAACCGAUUCUUUAAAUCAAAUACGAUUAAAUUAUUUGUAUAAUGUGAAAAUUUAUAAGGAAAAUGUGAAAAUAUUAAAUAAUAAUAAUUUUAAGACAUCAACACCAAACGAUUUGUCAAAGCUAAAUAAACAUGCGCCAUUAUUACAACAUAGUGUUGAGAAAAGUUUAAAGGAAAUACCAUUGUUGGAAUUGAAUCAAUUAUUACCACGUAAAUCAUCGCAAAGUACUCCAGAAGUUAGUCCAAAUAAACGUAAAUGGUUGAAAUAUUUUAAGUUAUCACAAAAUUUACUACCAAAUGAAACGUUACAGCGUUGUAUAAACUGUUCAAAUCCGGCCAUUGUACUAAAUAAUGUGGUUCGAUGUACUCGAAAAGGCUGUUUAUUUAUCUACUGUGAUCAAUGUUUUAAUCCAAUGUGCCAUUCAGUUCAAUUUUAUAAAUAUCAUAUGAAAAAUGAUGAAAACUUAGAUUUGGAAAAGUUACGUGCGCCAAUUGUACCUCCACCAUGUAGCAAAGCAUAUCCAAAUCAACAACAAAUUUCAUUUAAAAACGAAGCAUCCUCAAUGUCUACAUUAUCCGAUAUCUCGAAUUCAUCAAUUUUCUCGAAUAUUCCCGCUACAAACAUUCCAAAUUAUCGAAAAGAUAAUAAUAAAGUACGACGUACAUUAAUUUUCGCCAAUAGUAUUAAAUCAAACACAAGUGAUAGUAUCGAACAACAGUCAUCACGUUACUCAAUAGAUAAUUCACGUGAAGUAUCACCGUCGGAUAGUCCACCACGUAUUAAAGUUAACGAUUGUAUAAUUGGUUCGAAAAAAUCUAAAAAACGAUUAAAACGAUUAUAAAAUCGAUUAAUUGAUCAGAUGGCAGAUUUAAGAAAAAAAGCUCAAGCAAUACUUCGAGUAAUAACGCUCACGGUUUUUCGAGUGAAAAUUGACUUUUAUAGAAAAAUUGAGUGACAAACUGAUGUGUUGAAUAGCAGCGGCCCAACCCGAUUUUUUGGCGACUGACCUUUUAUUUUACCUCACGGUAGAAAAAAAAGAAACCACUAGAUAGUCGCGGAAA